AUGAUUAUGUUUCCUCAUUUUGGGAAGAUUUCUUUGGGUAUUUUGAUAUUUGUCCUCAUAGAAGGAAACCUUCCAUCAUUAACAGCACAAACCUACCUAUCUUUAGAAGAAAUCCAGGAACCCAAGAGUGCAGUUUCUUUUCUCCUGGCUGACUUAGAAUCUGCGGACCCUCAUCUGUCUAGUGAAAAGAAACGGCCUGUGGACCCCAGAGAAGCUGAGAAACAGUGGUUGCUCAGAAGAAGGCGAUCUACUCUGUUGCGUAAUGGAGUAAAAACCUGCCCAGAGGAAAGUGUUACAGAGGCGGUGGCAAACCAUGUGAAGUAUUUUCAAGUUCGAGUGUGUCAAGAAGCUGUCUGGGAAGCCUUCAGGACUUUUUGGGAUCGACUUCCUGGGCGUGAGGAAUAUCAUUACUGGAUGAAUUUGUGUGAGGGUGGAAUCACAACUAUAUUUGAAAUGGGCACAAAUUUCAGCCAGUCUGUGGAACAUAGAAGCUUAAUUAUGAAGAAACUAGCAUACACAAAGGAAACUGUGAGUGGCCCUGAACAGUCAUCUUUAGUUCCUGUUGGUGAUACUUCAACAUUAGGAGGUGCUGUCCUCAGUGUUCCACAUCCAGGGGUGACUUCUUAUGAAGGUACCUCAGAGGGCAGCUUGGAGAGGCUGGAGGAGAGUAUUAGCAAUGAAAUUGAGACUAUGAUAGAAGAGUCUACAAAACCAGCAGCUGAGCAGAUUGCAGAAUUCAGUAUCCACCUUUUGGGAGAGCCAUACAGGGAAGAACUGCAGGAUCCCUCUAGCUUCCACCACCAGAGCCUUGUAGAAGAGUUUAUUUCAGAGGUUGAAAAUGCAUUUACUGGGUUACCUGGCUACAAGGACAUCCAUGUACUUGACUUCAGGUCCCCCAAGGAAAACAGCAGUGGCAUAGAUGUUCACUAUGCAGUUACCUUCAAUGGUGAGGCCAUCAGCAAUACCACCUGGGACCUAAUCAGCCUUCACUCCAACAAGGUGGAAAACCAUGGUCUUGUGGAAUUGGAUGAUAAACCCACUGCUGCUUAUACAAUUAGUAACUUCAGAGAUUAUAUUGCUGAGACUCUGCAUCAAAAUUUUUUGCUGAGGAACUCCUCUUUGAAUCCGGAUCCUGACUCCCUUCAGCUUAUCAAUGUGAGAGGAGUUUUACUUCCCCAAACUGAAGACCUAGUUUCGAACACCCAGAGUUUAAGUCUUCAGGCAACCCCACCAUCUAUUCUGGAUAAUACCCUUCAAGCUGAAUGGCCCUCAGCAGAUGAAUCCGCCACCAGCAGUAUUUCUCCACUUGAUUUCAGCUCUGGUCCUCCCUCUGCCACUGGCAGGGAACUCUGGUCAGAAAGACCUGUGGGUGAUUUAGCGUCUCCACCCAAAUUAGCCUUUCCCUCGAAGGUGGGUCUCAGUUCUUCCCCAGAGGUUUCAGAGGUUAGCAGCUUCACUCUUCCUUCUGUCAGCCCAGCAGUGCUUCGGACCGACUUGCCUGUGGCUUCUGAGGAACAGAUUUCUGGAUUUCUCUUACUAGAAGACGGAUUAACUGAAGUUGAAGAGUUAGAUUUUCUUUCUAUUGAUCCACUGCCUUCAAGUCCAUCCACUCACUCUGUGCCAAAAGACACAAUUCCAUCUAUGGAAGACUCGGGGGUGUCUUUGACAUCCUCACCAUAUCUGGUCUCUUCUGUCACAACAGAUCUUUCUUCUCAGGAAGUAAAUAUACAUUUUGGCUUGGACUCUUUGGUCUCCGAAGUCAAAGGCCAAUUAGAAGUGAGCACUUUCAUGCCAGACACAUCCAUGGAAAAAGAGUUCAUAUUUGAGAGUGGCUUAGGUUCAGGGUCUGGGCAAAAAAUGGGUCUGAUUACUUGGCCAUGGAGUGAUACUUCACUAGAGAAGAGCACUCAACCACUGUCUAAGUCAUGGCUGGAAGAAGAGGAUUCACUUUUGCCACCUGAGGGUGUAGAUGACAAACUAGUUACAGAUGACAAAAUAGAUUCCACAGACAGAAGUAUUGAGCGCUCAAAAUAUGGGCAUUUUGGUAGAUCCACACAUUUUGCAGAGAAAGAGCCCCGUGAUGGACCUACUGUGCCCAUUUCUGCAGAGACCACAACUCAAUCUGCAUCUCUACUCUCCAAGCACAUGUCAGAGGUACCUGACAUUGAUUAUUACUCAGGUGCUAAAGCACCUCCUGUACUGACGUCUAUAGCUAUCUCUGCUUCUACUGGUAAACCAGGUCAAGUACAACUCUUUCGAAAGGAGGAUAUGGAACAAACCACAGAGUCAUCUCGUCAUGACCGGUUUGAUAGCAAGAUUUCAAUAAUGAAGUCGGAUAUGCAACCUUUGUGGACCACAUUGCCAGAAUCAGAUACAGUUUGGACAAAAACUUCUUCCCUAGGGAAUUUGUCCGGAGACACAUUGGCAAGUGCGCCAGAGAGUAGAGACAAGCUCUGGUUGCAAGCUUCCAUGAUCCAGUCCGCCACAUUGCCUCCAACCACAAGCCCCACCCUGCUGGAGGAUGAAGUAAUUAUGGGCGUACAGGAUAUUUCACUAGAACUGGACUGGACAGGCACAGAUUACUAUCAGCCUGAACUACUCCCAGAGGAAAAUGGCAAGGUUGGUAGUUAUGUGGAAAAGUCUACAAAUGUUCACUCCACAGAGAUGGCUGUUGUGCCUCGGCCCACAAAAAGAGGUGACUCAAAUCAUACGCAAACCUCAGGAGCUUUGCUAGUGUUCUUUAGCCUUCGAGUGACUAACAUGAUGUUUUCAGAAGAUCUGUUUAAUAAAAACUCUUUGGAGUAUAAAGCCUUGGAACAAAGAUUCUUAGAAUUGCUGGUUCCCUAUCUCCAGUCAAAUCUCACAGGGUUCCAGAAUUUAGAAAUCUUGAACUUCAGAAAUGGCAGUAUUGUGGUGAACAGCAGAAUGAAGUUCACCACGUCUGUUCCUCCUAAUGUCAACAAUGCUGUGUAUAUGAUUCUGGAAGACUUUUGCACCACUGCCUACCAAACCAUGAACUUGGCUAUUGAUAAAUACUCCCUUGAUGUGGAAUCAGGUGAUCAGGCCAACCCUUGCAAGUUUCAGGCAUGCAAUGAAUUUUCUGAGUGUUUGGUCAAUCCCUGGAGUGGAGAAGCAGAGUGCAGAUGCUACCCUGGGUACCUGAGUGUGGAAGAGCGGCCCUGUCAGAGUCUCUGUGACCUACAGCCUGACUUCUGCUUCAAUGAUGGGAAGUGUGACAUUAUGCCUGGACAUGGGGCCAUUUGUAGAUGCCGGGUGGGUGAGAACUGGUGGUACCGAGGUGAGCGCUGUGAGGAGUUUGUGUCUGAGCCCUUGGUGAUAGGCGUCACCGUUGCUUCCGCGGUUGGACUUCUCGUCUCCUCUGCAGUCAUCUUCCUCCUCGUCAGGACUCUUCAAGCUCAGAAUGCUAGGAGAGGAAGACAGAGGCCCUUUAGUGGCUCCAUCAGGCAGCCUGAUAGCCUCUCGUCUGUUGAAGAUGCUGUAAAGAACAACCCUCCCUAUGAAAGCUGUGAGGCGGGAAUGGAGCCGUAUAAGGGACCCUAUCCUCCGCGUCCCUUCUACAGCGCUGCAGGAGGAGAGGUCUUUGGUGGUCUGAGCAGGGAAGAAAUCAGACACAUGUAUGAGAACAAUGGGCUUUCCAGGGAGGAAAUUCAAGAAAGAAUCAGAAUUUUGGAACUGUAUGCCAAUGAUCCUGAGUUUGAGGCUUUUGUGAGAGAACAUCAAAUGUGA